AUGGGCCAUGGGCAGCACGCAGCCCCUGGCCGCCCACAAAGCCCGCAGCGCAGCCACCAGAAACCACCCGAACCCCCUCCCCCUUUCCUCUUUAUGCAUUCGCCUCGCCUUUUCGGCACAGAGGGAAGAUGGAGUGGGUGCUGUGGCCGGUGGGCCCCCGGUGCUCUCCGACUGCUCGUCUGCUUCCUGUUGCUUUUUGCCUGUCCAGGGGGCUGCAGCGACUUUAGUGCCCACGAUGGUCAGGGACAAGCAGAACUGAGGCAGUUCUGGCCGUUUCAAGGAUUGGCAGCUCCAGUCUUCCGGCACUUACAACUAAUACUCCACCAGAUUGUACCCCAAGGUCUGUUCUGGAUGGAUGACAUUACCCAGGAUGUGAUGACCCAGAAGAUGGAGCACAGCAGCAGACCCCACCCCCAAGAUCCAUGCCUGAAGGAUGGGAAGGUGGUUUUCCCCCCUAAAUCCAUUGGGAGUCCAUCAGCCACGGUGAACAGGGGUCAUUACUUUGCCUUCAAAGCGGCUCCAAAGGCUCCGAAACAAGAGGUGACCCACCCUGCCAAGGGCUUCCUUGGGCGAUUUCCCACUGUGGGCCGCAACCUGGUGGCCGACUGA